AGAUUUGGGCAGAGCCAUGUUCUAUCUGCAAAAGAAGCCUGAAACUGAAACCAAAACCUUGUUAUCGUUGUUGUUUUUGACUGUGAAAUAUUGGAAUGAAUCGCGUGUUGCUUCCCAAACAUGUUGCCGCUGUUGUGAAAGUACAAAAGGAUCCUCUAAAAGCGUUGGAGAUGUUCAACUCAUCGAAAAACGAAGAAGGUUUCAAGCACACAUUAUUCACAUACAAGUGCAUGCUUCAAAAGCUUGGCUUCCAUGGUGAGUUCAACAAAAUGGAGAAUUUGCUUUCAGAAAUGAGAGCAAAUUUAGAUAACACAUUGUUAGAAGGAGUUUACGUUGAAGCCAUGAGAUUCUACGGAAGAAAAGGAAAAGUUCAGGAAGCUGUUGAUAUAUUCGAACGCAUGGAUUUAUACAACUGCGAUCCAUCUGUUUAUUCCUACAAUGCCAUUAUGAACAUUUUGGUUGAAUAUGGUUACUUUAACCAAGCUCAUAAGCUUUACAUGAGGAUGAAAGAUAAAAGGGUUGAAUCAGAUGUGUACACCUACACUAUAAGGAUUAAGUCCUUCUGUAGGACACGUAGGCCUUAUGCUGCUCUUAAACUCCUUCGUAAUAUGCCUUUGCUUGGUUGUUUUUCCAAUGCUGUUGCUUAUUGUACUGUGGUUGCAGGGUUUUAUGAUUUUGAUGAUAAAGUUUAUGCACGUGAGUUGUUUGAUGAAAUGCUUGAUUGUUCGUUGUGUCCUGAUGUUACCACUUUUAAUAAGCUUGUCCAUAUGUUGUGUAAGAAAGGUCUUGUUUUGGAAAGUGAGAAGCUUCUUAACAAGGUUUUGAAGAGAGGGGUUUGUCCCAAUUUGUUUACAUUUAAUAUUUUUAUACAAGGGCUUUGUAAGGAAGGUGCUGUUGAUAGGGCUGUUAGGUUGUUGGGUUGUGUGGCAAGGGAAGGUUUGAGGCCUGAUGUUGUUACCUAUAAUACAGUUAUAUGUGGAUUGUGUAAGAAUUCUCGUGUCGAUGAAGCUGAGAAAUGCUUGCAUAAAAUGAUUAAUGGUGGAUUUGAGCCUAAUGAUUUCACUUAUAAUAGUAUUAUUGAUGGAUACUGCAAGAAAGGGAUGGUAGUGGAUGCAAAUAGGAUUCUGAAAGAUGCGGUUUUUAAGGGUUUUAAGCCUGAUGAGUUUACCUAUUGUUCUUUAAUUAAUGGUUUUUGCCAGGAUGGUGACCCUGAUCAGGCCGUGGCUAUCUUUAAGGAUGGUCUAGGAAAAGGUUUAAGGCCAAACAUUAUUGUUUACAAUACAUUGAUUAAAGGGUUAUGUCAACAAGGUCUUAUUUUGCCGGCUUUGCAAUUGAUGAAUGAGAUGGCAGAAAAUGGCUGUCACCCUGAUAUAUGGUCUUAUAAUGUAGUCAUUAAUGGCUUGUGCAAGAUGGGUUGUUUAUCUGAUGCUAAUCAUCUUAUAGAAGACGCUAUAGCCAAAGGGUGCCUCCCAGACAUAUUUACCUACAACACUUUGGUUGAUGGCUAUUGCAAGCAGUUGAAGUUAGACAGUGCAAUUGAGUUGGUAAAUAGAAUGUGGAGUCAAGGUAUGACUCCUGAUGUUAUCACAUACAAUACUUUGUUGAAUGGGCUCUGCAAGGCUGCAAAGUCCGAAGAAGUAAUGGAGAUCUUCAAGGCAAUGGCAGAGAAGGGAUGUGCUCCAAACAUAAUUACAUACAACAUUAUCAUAGAAAGCCUUUGCAAAUCUAAGAAUGUAAAUGAAGCUGUAGAUUUGCUUGGGGAAAUGAAAAGCAAAGGCUUGACACCUGAUGUUGUUAGUUUUGGGACAUUGAUCUCCGGGUUCUGCAAGAUUGGUGAUCUUGAUGGUGCUUAUGGGUUAUUUCGGCGGAUGGAAAAACAAUAUGAUGUUUGUCAUACAACAGCAACCUAUAACAUCAUAGUUAGUGCAUUUUCUGAACAGCUCAAUAUGAACAUGGCAGUGAGACUCUUUUCUGAGAUGAAGAAAAAUGGCUGCGACCCAGACAACUAUACUUACCGGGUCAUAAUUGAUGGGUUUUGCAAAAUGGGAAAUGUUGCUCGCGGAUGCAAUUUUCUAUUGGAAAAUAUUGAAAAGGCAUUUAUUCCGUCACUGACAACAUUUGGGCGGGUUUUAAAUUGUCUUUGCGUGGAGCACAAGGUUCAAGAAGCAGUUGGUAUCAUCCACCUUAUGGUACAAAAGGACAUUGUCCCAGAUACUGUAAAUACAAUUUUUGAAGCUGAUAAAAAGGUGGUAGCAGCACCUAAGAUUGUUGUUGAAAAUUUGUUGAAAAAGGGUCAUAUAACUUAUCAUGCCUAUGAACUACUAUAUGAUGGUAUUAGAGAUAAAAAGAUACUUAAGAAAAGACAACCAAACUUGAAUUCUCUUCGCCGUGAGACUAGGUCAUCUGCUGUUGAUUAGAAUAUACCAUCUUCAGAAAAUGAGGAUUCCUGAAACUUUCAACUUCCCACGAUGUUUGGAGCUUCUGAUAGACACCUACCGCAUGGCAUUUGAACAUGAAGAAUUUUUUGUCAGCUGUAGGCUUAUCAAAUGGAAGUCGUCCAGCCUAUCAACUGCAGACAAAGGUGUGCAAGUUGCAAUUGACAGUCACAAUGGUACGUGUGAAAAACGAGGAAGAAUGACGCGCCACACAUACUUAAGUCUUCACACAUAAGAAAGACAGAUAGGUUUACUCCCCCAUACAGAAUUCAAAAUGCUUUUUCUUCAGGGAAAUCCGACCAAAUUCGCAUCAUCUUGAUAUCAAAAUGAUACUGCUAUAAGCUAUGAAGACGUGGCUCUUUCUGUUUAAUUGAAAAUGGUAGAAACUCAUGUAUGUAUACACUAGAGAAAUGGAUAACCAUGAAAGAGAGAAACAAAAGCAACUUGUCUUAGUUUAGGGCCUGAUAAAUCAGCAGGA